UUUCCGUCUUCUUCUUCUUCUUCUUCUUCUUUUCCUCUGUGGUCAUCUGUGUCCCUUUUUCAUCCAUUGUCCUUCAUUUGUUGUUAGUUUACUUAUAUACAUAUAUAUUUGAUAAGGAUUUGUUGUUAGUUCAUAUACUUUGCUUGUUCUCUAAAUCUUCGAACUUAGGACAAAAAGACAAUAAGCUAGCUUGAUGUUCUUUUAUUCUUGUUAACUAAGAUUGGUCAAUUAUAUUUGUGAUUGUAAUGUUGGUGGCUAUAAGCUUAAUGAGGUUUGUCUACCCAUCCUAUCCUUUAGAAUGUCGCAAUUUAUGCAAACAUGAAAGUUGCGUUCUGUCAUUUUGGAGCACUCACCCCCUCAUACUGUAAAUAUAAUAAUGGUUGAAGUCCUUAAGAUCUAGAACCCUUCUUAACAUUGCAAUAUAUUUUAGUAAUUAUGUAAGUUAACACCUGUCAAACAAUAAAACAUUGUGGCUCUAACAUUGCUUUGGUUUUCUGGCCUUAAAGUUGUUAUUAAUGCGGUUGAUAGGACAAAAUUAGGAAUCAGAAAAUUUGAAUGGACUAAGGCCUUGUUUGGGAAGAGGGUUGGGCUAAAAUAGCCCACUAAAAGACAAAAUAGGCUAAAAUAGCCAAUAAGAUAAAAUGUCAUGUCCAACCCAUAAUAAUUUUACUUUUUAUCUUACAAUCAUCAAAUCAAUUACAAAAAAAAAAAAAAGAAAAAGAAAAAAGGCCAACCAACUUCCCAAACACAACCACUUUUUAUUAUGUUUCCAUUUACUAAUCUUACAGGAAGUUUUAGCGCAAGAGAAGGGACAUGCUUCUACAUCUAUUAAUCAGGAGGUUGAUCUUGAUGACUUGAUGGAUGAUCCCGAGCUGGAAAAAUUGCAUGCAGAUAGGAUUGCUGCUCUAAAGAAAGAAGCUGAGAAGCGACAAGCAUUGAAGAAGCAAGGGCAUGGAGAGUACAGGGAGAUUACUGAAGGGGACUUCUUGGGUGAAGUCACCGGAAGUGAAAAAGUAAUCUGUCACUUCUACCAUCGGGAGUUUUACCGAUGCAAGAUAAUGGACAAGCAUUUGAAGUCACUUGCACCAAAGCAUAUUGAUUGCAAAUUCGUCAAGCUAGAUGCAGAGAAUGCGCCUUUCUUUGUUUCCAAACUUGCAAUCAAAACUUUGCCUUGUGUCAUCUUGUUCAGAAAUGGAAUUGCAGCAGAUAGGCUGGUUGGGUUUCAAGACUUGGGAGGAAAAGAUGAAUUCACCACGAAGACACUUAAGAAUCUACUAAUAAAAAAAGGUAUAAUUAGUGUGAGUAAAGGGGAUGAAGAAGACGAAGAAGACAAUUAUCACGAAAGCAAGAGCAGGGCAGUAAGAUCCUCUACGGGUUUUGGUUCUGAUUCUGACUGAAUCAGAACCUCUAGACCCCUUCUUUUUUCUUAGAUGGAAGAGAAUGAAAUUUGGAUCUCCAAUCCUUGAAACAUGGUUACAAAUUUAAAGGAAGUUCAAAUUAAAAAGUAACCCAGGAUGCAGAUGACUUGGAUCCAUUUGGAAAACCUUAUAGUUAGCGUAUUACGGAUUUUAUGAAAAACGUUUAUGAUUUUAAUUAUUAAUAUUUAUAAAGUGUAUUGGUAAUUAUUUUUUUUAAAAA